CACCCUUCUCACCCCGUCCUGUAUUUUUUGAUGGCCUCUCGUCUAUCUCCGUAGAUCUCUUCGUUCGUUGGUACCAUUCAUGCCUGAAAGAUCAACCCCAUCAGGGGGCUUCCUUGCAUCUCGCCGAUAGUAGCGCGCCGUGAUCGAAGCUUUGUUGUGCUUGCGCACGAAAGCCUCUCUUUCUGUCUCUCCAUGACCCUCUAGCCAUCUUCUUCUUCUUCAUACUUACAUACAUGUUAAGGGUAUACACUAGGCGCCGCCACGCAUCCUCUUCUUUUCCGUUUGCCCAGCGUGUUUUUGUUGUUGUCCAUGGGCCGCAAUCAACAUCUUCUUAUUAAUCGCUAAUCUGCCUUGUCUCGCCCGUCACUGGUACCUAUAUGGACUCGUUUCCAGCUUUCGACACAUCUGGAUAACCGGCGGCCUGUGCUUUUGCUGUUUGGGCAACAGCCCUACGACUUUUCUUGUUUCUGUUUGCCGACAAAUUCCAACAUCCCUCCUGCAAACGCUUUCUCUAUUGUGUCGCCCACUGCCAUAAUAAUCUAUUAAUUGAAUGUCUGAUGAUAUUUCACGGUCCAUCACUUGGACGGCGGUAACUUGAUUCUUGCAGCUUAUCUUUAAUCGCAGCGGACAUUCCCCACAGUCCUUUCAGACAAGAGUGCAAGAUAAAACAACAAGUCAGCCACUGGCCAUAUUUGCAUUCGUCAAAUCCCUCAGUAUUGUGCAAAACGGCCAUGCCAGCAAGAUGGGGUUGCUGAAUUUUAUUUCCAAAAAGUCUUCUCACUCGGAAUUGCCUAAGCAUGGCUCGCUCAAGACACGCGCCUACAAUGAGACGGUGGCGUCGCGGCCGCCAAUCCGCGGCACAUACCCUGUACUCGGCAAUGGAGCGAAGAUUUUAGAGGAGUUCCAAAGGUCUCACCCCAAUCUUGCGACUAUCUCUCGCAACAACACACCGAUACCAGCUACAUUGGCCCCAGGUCCUCGUUAUCGCGGCCCCGGUGUGGACCGGCCGAGGACCGCACCGUCAAGUCAAAUCGGUAACACAUCAAACACUUUGAGCUCACAAUCACAGCCUCUGAAGAAGAAGAAAUAUGGCCCUUACAAGUUACCCUCAAAAUUAGUGACCGAUAUUCGGGAUCCGUCAGCGCUAGAGAGACCCGCAGCAUCGCCAGGCUUGGUUUCACUCUAUUCGGACUCCGUCAAAAGCAGUGAAGCUGGAAAAUCCAAGGGCUAUGUUGAUCUCCUCGACGCCCAGUCUAUGUUCAAGCCCUCCGAUUUCUACAGCAGAGUUCAGGCCGCGGGCGCAAAGAACUACGGCGAGGAUGUGGCAGACCGUAAUAGGGAACUAAUAAGCACUAAUUUAGAUACAAGGGGUUCGGACACGAUGCAAAGCCAUGCAGCUGGAUAUGGAUAUCCUUUAGUCUCCCAAGAUGUCGAUGGUGACGACUCUCAUGAUGAACCCCCAAGGCCUCGAAAAGUCCGAAAUUCGACAAGUUCGAGUCGUAGACCCAAAAGCAUUGGCCCUCACACACCUGGCUCCUUCCCGCAACGGACAUCAUCACGCCUCCCACCACAACAUGCGGAUGAGGCUCCCAAGGUUCUGACCCGGACCGAGUCAGCCAGAUCAGAAAGAGCAGCGAGACGUAAAUCUAUGCCUUCUUAUUUGGCUUCCACACCUGCUGAGGCGCCGCGAAGCUCAUCGGCUGUGAGAAAAAAUAAAGUCAACGACCCCAAUCCCUUUCCCAAUUCUCUUAGAAGCCACGCUCGGUCCAGUACAACGUAUGAGCGGGAGCAUGCAAAGCCGAAUAUAUCUUCCAAAAGACAAUCUCUAGCACCCUCGCGCGAUGGGCAUUCCUCAUUCCAACCAUCGAAUGACCUUGAUAAGCCUUUACCGGCUCUGCCCACAUCAAGAAACCAUUCCAGACGGAGAACCACAGCACACAACAACACCGUGGUAGAAUCACGGUUGCUGGAGAAGAGACAAAGCCUUCGGGGAGCUACCUCAGCCAGUCGCGGAGAGAUCUACGAGGAUACCUACCAACAGAAAAAAUCAUUACAGGCCACCCGACCCGCUAGCGGCCGAAAUUCAUCUAGGCGUCAACUGGGAAGUACCACCGAUCUUCAGGACUUUUCCUAUAGCUCGCCAGCACAGCAACCUGACCACGAAUCACAAAUAAUAACCCCUUCUACCAACCACGUAGACAUCCAUAACCACAAAAGCCGAUCAAAUCACGCCCGAAAUCAAAGUAUCAUUUCCAUAUCCAAUAAGGGCAUCCCUGUAGCUCACGAGGCUGGAAACAUCGUUCCGGAGCGUUCCAGUAGCCUUCGUCAUUGGUCUCUGACAUCCGAAACCGCUUUUUCAACUCUUAGCUCGAAUCCUUUCCGGCCCCAAUCAGGGCAUACCACCAACACUUCAGUUGACUUCUCACCACUAAUUCCCCAAGCACACUUAAACGAGUCGAUACCCCCAAUCCCUGACGUUUCAUUUCUAAAGUCCCUGCAGUCUAUACCUGACAAUACAUCCACCAUACUGUCGCCAUGUCGCUCUCUUCCCAACCCUUACAAGCGUCAAUCGAGUGAGUUCUUUUUGGAUGAGCACGCUUCAGAUGUUGGAAGUUCGCUAGGUACAUCGAGGGGCUCAUAUGAGAGAGAUCUCCUAUUUUCACCUACAGAAUACGGCGUCUCCGGCGAUCAAUCAUCUGGUCUUCCUGGUUUAUUCGAUGUUGCUGUGCCCGCCUCACCUGUGGGACUGUCAAUAAAUCAAACUUGGGAAGGUGAGGCACAAAGGGUACCCCGGCAGUUUCAGAUGCCAGCUUACAUUGAAUCUGACUCAAACGAUUUUGUCGAGAAUCAAUACCCAGAAUAUUCCUCUGAAGAAGAAAUAAAUUUUGACAUCCCGAAGAGCCGGGCGAGUUCGGCGCUACGGUAUACCCCAGCUACAGAAAAACUGCCUACCAAGACACUGCCUCUUGAGGAAGAAGACGAGUCGGACCACUAAUUCAAGGUGCAAGAUAGGCUACACCAGUCAUCAACUUUUAAAGUUGCUUAGGCCUGCAAUAUGAUCAUUUUGAUCUGGAUAUGAUAGCGACAGUGUUUUAUACUUCGGAUGGGAUGGAGAGUCAAAUGAUUGCAGCCUAGGAUUCUUUGCAAUAAUGAUGUCUUGAUUUGGGAAAUUUGUACCUAACUCAUUUGUGUAUGUUGAUAUUACAUGGUUGUAUGGCGUCAGGUAGCGUAGAGUUUGGGUAGACACCCUAUCGGACUUCGGAUUAAAGAGAUUUAUGCCGACCAAUAGUCAGGCAAUGAAAUACAUUUUACUUUCUAUCUUUCGA